CCGAAGGAUCGAGAUGUGGUAGGCGCACAACCGACAAGUUUAUAAUCACUCAACGGGCCGGAAUGAAUUCAUUUCUACCCCCGUGCUGGUGUGCUCCACAGUGCUGAGUGCCGUGAAGAAGUGAGACACUUGAGUUGUGUUUACCAAGUCAGUAUCGUUCCUCCUAUCCACCAGCUGCCGACUGGAAAAGUGGAUCUGUUCCUAAAUCACUGCCUCCAUCGUCACAGAAACCUCCAGGUGGUUGCUGAAAUACAGGACGGUUGCUCUGAAUCACCGACAAUCAACGACGAACAGUCACUGUAGCAGCAUCCACUGAUCUCACCAUCAAUGAAUAUGUUCACAGUGACAAGCGAAAUGGCCACGACAAUGGUACCAGAAAACAUGACAUUCGUUAGCAACAUGUCGUCAGAUUUUCUGUCAUCUGAUUUCACGACAUCUGACGCACUUGACGCAACCAGUGUCAGUGUCAAUUCGAAUAUGACAACUACAGCAAUGAUGGAGACCACGACUCAAGGUGACGGUCGCAACUUUCGCUUUGAAGACCCCGUACAGCGGAUCAUCAUCGGCUGCGUCUACAGCCUCGUGGCAGUCGUUGGCUUCGCUGGGAACUUCAUGGUCAUCCUGGCUGUCAUUCUGUCAAGGAAACUCCAAACCCGCACCAAUGCUUUUGUCGUCAACUUGGCCGUGGCUGACUUGGUGACAUGCAGCACUGCUCCGUUCACAGCGUUGGCGCUGUUUAGCAUGAAUGGCUGGCCCUUACCGCUGAUCGUGUGCUCAGUGAUGGCUGGUCUGUUCUAUACCAGCCUGGCAUGCAGCAUCAUGAACCUUGCUCUGAUAGCCAUCAAUCGGUUCGUCCUCAUCACAAAAUCCUCUAAGACUUACAGAUCUGUCUACACUCCGAAGAAGAUUGCAGCUAUGCUGGUCUUCACGUGGGGGUACCCGGCUCUGGUGUGUAGUUUUCCCCUGUUUGGUAUCGGCAAGUGGGGCUACUCUGAGAAGUACAAGACUUGCACACAAGACACUUCCCAUGAGACUAGCGAUCUCUUCAGUUUGCUCGGCUCUGCCCUCAUGUAUCCCAUCCCGUUGAUCAUCCUCUUCGUGUGUUACUUCAAGAUCUAUCGCCACAUCACCAACCACAUGAAGAAGUUGUCGGGUAAAGGUGUGGAGCUAGCCGAGACAUCAAACUCCUCCACCGCCAGCACCAAGCGACUCACCAGGAACCGACCGGCCAGCUUCAGUAAGCGACAGGUUGAAAUCACGAAGAACCUGUUCUACGUGGUCUGUGCCUUCGUUGCUUGCCUGGCUCCCUUCGCCAUCGCCCUCAUGAUACCACCCAGCGACCCGGUCAUUCCUUGGACUGGGAUGAUCAUCAUCUUCAACAGCGCUAUCAACCCGAUCAUUUACGGGGCCAAACACCCACACUUCAAGGAGGUGUUCCGUCACAUGUUGCGGUGCCGGUACCACAUGAUCCCUGAACCUUCUGGAUGCCUCCGUAAGAUUAGAUCUAGAUAAGAUGCUUCCCAGAUGCUAUUCACAGCAUCAGGAGUGUGAGAAUGAGACAAACAACUCCCCUAGAAAUGACUGUAGAGAAAUACAUUCUGCAGAUUAAAAAAACUAUUAUGCAAGCAACUGACAUGUUUCUGAAGAUUUUUUUUCUGUCGGUUUCAUGAAACCAUAAAAUAUUCCACAUGAGUAGAGGGUUUACUGGGGGUUGUUUAACCAUACAAUUCUCUGACGAAUUAAAUAUUAAUGAUGUAGCAUGUACGUCUCGUCGAAAAAAAAUAUGCCUAUAAUAUUGACAUUAUUAUGCAGAUAACUUUUUGAAGUGAAAUUGAAAAAAAGCCAUAUGUUUGUAUGCCGAAGCCUAAAAGUGUAGAAUAACAAGUGUCAUCUGAUGAACCAAUUAAUUAACACAUGUACAGGUAUCAUCUUGACUAUUUCAUAUAUCAAUGUACAAUUACUUCAGUGAAUCUAUUACACAUGAUUGUAUUAAGAAUGUAAUUUCCAUCUUUUACCUGCAUGCUUUCCUGCACGUGUAUUUGUUAAGACGAACUUUUAGGUCACAUAUGUAAAACUCUUGAGAGUAUACGCUUGUAAAUGCAAUUUUUUUAAUAGAAAGUUAAAGGACUUAACAUCAUGUUAAAGGACUUAACAUCAAUAUACAUGUACAGCGUACAAAA